AUGUCGACAGACAAUAAUGAACCCCUUGUCCGCGUCACGUACCUGGCCGGGUACAUAGUCCUUUCUUAUGUGAUCAGUGCAAUGGGAUGCAUAACCACGUUGGAACUGCUCCAUCGCCGGACUUCAAGGUCCGGUCUUUACAAUUGGUACCUUCUCCUCACCUCCUCGAUCACAAUGGGCGGCAUAGGAAUUUGGUGUAUGCAUUUUAUCGGCAAUCGCGCCAUCGUCCUGGGCGAAGGCGAGGCUAACGUGCAAGCCAUGUAUAAUGUCGCCUUUACCGGUACUUCCUUCGUACUCCCCGUGGUGGUACUACUAUUUGCCUUCUAUGCCGUGGGCGUCGAGGAGAAGGCCGGCUAUACUCGCAUCUUCAUCGGAGGCUUGCUCACCGGUAGCUCUGUCUGCGGUAUGCACUAUGUCGGUCAACUCGGAAUCUCGAACUAUAGAUGCUCCUACCAUACCGAAAAUGUCGUGGGCGCGGCGAUCAUUGCUAUCGUUUCCAGUACUGCUGCACUUGGCAUCUUCUUCCGCUGGCGAGCCACUUGGACUGAUAGCUGGUGGAGACGAGGAAUCUGUGCCUGCUUAUUGGCAGGUGCUGUCUCCGGAAUGCAUUGGACUGCGGCUGUUGGAACUGUCUAUCUGGACCACAAUCGCAAGGCCAUGAAUGGAACCCAGUUGUCGAGAAGUCAGGUUGUUAUUGUCUGCACUAUUCUGGCCUGUGUUGCAUGCUUGAUUUUGUCCAUGUGCGCUAUUCUUGCUGGCCGAAAUCGGAGAAUAUCGACCACACGUGCCCAUCAGCUUGUUCUCGCCUGUGCUUACUUUGAUCCUACUGGACGGAUCAUGGUUACGACGCAGGCUAUGCUUCCUACGAAGAAGAUUGUCGAUCAUUAUAUCGGACGGACAUUCAAAGAUGAUGAUCUCACUCGCACCCAUCCUACCUUCCUCUGGGCGUUUAGGGCAACUCGCAACUGGCCCGCCGUGAAAGAUCUCGUUCCCUUCAUGCGAAACCGCCUUAAUUCCGAAGAAAGCGCCAUUGAGAAACACAUGCUAUCCCGAGGAGUGUUUAUGGACAAGGAUACGGAGUUGCAAACUGACUUUGACACCUUGUUCAAGCAACUUUUCUGUGUCACAGCCCAAGAGCUCUCAGAUGACCUGCGUCUGCCUCUCCAGGAUCUAGGUACACUCUACGACGAUGUUCUUUCCACCGCUAUCCCCAUCUCCCGAAUUUCUCAAGCCAUGGGCCGCUCAUCCCUCCGCACCGGCAAGGGCCAAGUGAUGUUCACUGUUCGCCAGCUAGAUAAAAACGAAGCUGCGCGCUUGGGAUCACAGGGAUACCGGUUCGCAACCAUCGAGCAUGUCACAGGAAUGCUUUCUCGACGAAUCCACGUCCCCGAAGCAAACCUAGCCGACUCACUCCGCGAUAUGCGCGACUACGCAAGCUCAAACCGCGGCUUCGAUGAGGGAGUACACCUCAUCUCCUUCAUGAUGCGCCCAACAGUCCACGACCAUUUCGAGAUCCUGACCGCAAAGGGCGUCGGCAACCCCCUCCCAUCCGCAACCCUCCCAAUGAAACAACUCCAAGUCCACCACCUAGAACUCAUCUCCCACAUGGAAGGCUGGUCCAUGGACGCAUGCGUCCGCUAUCUCCAUUCAACCGCCGCAUCCCAAGCCUUCCCCAGUCUAUCCGAAUUCCGCACCAGCCUCACCAAAGCCAUCAUCUCCCUCUCAAACAUCAUCCCAGAAGACAUGCGCGCCGCAGCGCAACUCUCCUCCCGCCCAUUAACAGCGCCCUGCCGCAGCAGGGGCUCCAAUCCCGAAAUAGCAGUGCAGAAAACCUGCACCCUCCUAACAUUCUGCGUCGUCGGCACGCUCGACACCCAAAUCUCAAACCCAGACUACAAAUUCACACCCUUCCGUCUCUUCCGCGUCCAGCAACAAAUCAACGAAGCCCUCACCGACGGCGAUGAUUUCGCCCGCGAACUGGGCCAAGAACUCUUCUGCACAGACGUGCGUUCCGGCUCGACUGCCAGCGAGGGCGAUUUCGCCUCCACGGCUAAAAUGGCCAUCCUGCGUCUGUGGCCGUCGCGCAAGAGCACGCCGACUUCGAGCUCGGGAUCUGGACCGCGAUACUCGCAGGAGUCGUAUGUGGAUCCUAAAGCGGUGACGUUGAGGGAUAUCACUGUCCACAAGGAGGUUCGCGUUGAUUAUACACACCUUCAUGAGAACUCGAAUCAGAAUAAUCUCAGUAACCGCGACUCGAGGGUCGUUGUUGCUGCUGGUGGUGAAAAUACACCUGCGAAUUAUGUCGACGAGUUGUAUAGUCUUUGCUAUUCGCCGGAUAUCCGGUUGAGGGCUGAUGCGUCGUUGCAGAAUAUUUCGCGUGGAUCGACUGCGUGCUAA